ACUGAUUUUUUUUUGUCUUAUUAGACCGAACAUUGUGAAAUAGUUUUAAUAAAAAUAUGCUUUUUAUGCUCGAGCGAAAUUUGAUGUGUAAAUUUCAUAAUUACAUUUAAUUUUGUUUUUUUUCAUUGAAUCAACAAAUCAUAGUUUCUAUGUUAUUUUACCUAUUUAAGUCAUAGAAAGUGCGCAACACGCCAUCUAACCAGUCAGUCCAAAAAGUAAGUAGAUCGCUGCUCGCUGAUAAUUUUUUUUCUUCAUAAUUUCAUUCAUUUUUAUUUUUUUCAUCAAAUCAACAAAUCAUAACUUCAAUAUCAUUUUACCUAUUUAAGUCACAGAAGGCGCGCAACACGCCGUCUGGCCAGUCAGUCCAAAGAGUAGAUCGCUGCUCUGCAGAUGACGGGCUGCGGGAGCACGCAAGAAAUCGUCGAGAUAGAUGCGUGACGCAGCGCGCAGGACUGCGCCCCGCGCCGCGCGGUGCGUGCUCGCUCCCCCGCUGUAGUCCUUCCCGCGCGAUACAUCUCCCGACAGAAGACAUCGAUAUUCGCGGGGUGCGUAAGGCCGCAUCGUGCUCGCCGAGCGAGGCGCGAGGGAGGCCGCCGUGUGGAGUCGUGCGGACAGUGCGUGGUGCCGGUGCAGGCGGUGCGUGGCGCGGGAGGGGCGGGCACGGCGCGGCCCGGGCGCCAGUCGCUCGGAAGCAAGCGGGCGGCUCGCGUCGCCCUGCGCUCUUUUGGUGCAUCGCUGCAACGCUGCGUUCGCGAACUUGUCAUCAGGUGCGGCCAAAGAUUUAUGUACGAUUCAGACUGAUUGACUUUAAAAGUGAGCGUUCAAAGUGCCUAACUUCAUCAGAACACUUGAGUAAAAGUUCAUUGAUCAAAACUGUAAUUUAGUGAAGUGAACUGAAUAAUAAAAUUUAAAGUGAAGAUUAUUUAAUUCGAAAUUGGCGCGGUUACAUCAAAGCGACUUCGGUAUCACACUACAAUGAUUUAAGUGAUGGGGCGUGGUGUGCGGUCGAGACGCAGGAGAGCGUCACGGUGUCGGGACGCGUGGUGGCAGGCGGCGUAGCGCGGCGCGGUGGCGGGUGCGCGCGCGGCGGCGCAUGCACGCCACCGGCCACACGGACCGCUCGGGCGGCGGCGGCGGUGGCGGCUCCUGGCGCCUCCCGCCCGACGAGACUCUCCAAGUUGCCGACCCCAAGUCUGCCAAAGAGGAGGAUCUGUACCAAGGGGAUGGCCACAACUGGAGGAGUAUAAUAUUUUCAUUAAUGGUCAUAGGUUUUGUCAUAGCCGGUAUUGUGACUGCUAUUUAUUUAUUAGGAUAUGUGGACGAAUUACUAUAUUGGUCGGGUCGUCGUAUGCGUUUGGACGAAUUUCUGCGGGGCGAUUUGACCGGAGAGCGUUUGCCGACCACCUGGGUGAGCUCUCACCAGCUCGUCUACCAGGCCGACGACGGAGGUCUACUGGCUCUGGACACCUUCAACAACACGCUCACUGUGCUCGUGACGAACCAUACAUUGAGACAACUAAACGUCCGAUGGUACCAAUGCUCACCGAAUUUAAGAUACGUACUGUUUCAACACAAUAUCAAAGAGGUUUAUCGACGAACGUUUACAGCGUACUAUACCGUUUAUGACGUUACCAACGAUCACCACAUUCCACUGUUCGGAGAGGGACAGAGCAGCUGGGAGUGGCAACACGCGGCGUGGCUCGGUCCCGACGGGUCGCUGCUGCUAGCCGCUGACAACGAGGUGCUCGCAAGGCCCGGACCUCCCGCGCGGAGGGCACCCCUACUACGACUCACCAACGACUCCAGCCCUGGACGUAUUUACAAUGGAGUCUCAGACUGGUUGUAUCAAGAGGAGGUGACGAAAACUUCAUCCGCGACAUGGGGUUCGAUAGACGGCACGCUGGUGAUGUACGUGCAGUACGACGACAGCAGCGUGUCCGAGCUCCGGUUCCCGCGCAUCGCGGAGGGCAUCGGCGGCGCCGGAGCCUCGCGGACCGGCUUCCUGCUGCCCACGCUCAACAACACGCACCACACCGUUUUUCCAGAUCAUGUUACUAUCAGAUAUCCCACGCCUGGCAGUUCAAUACCAAAAGUCAAACUAUGGAUUGUAGCUGUUCUGAAUACUACAUCACCUCCUCGAUGGGAAGUGAAACCUCCGAGUACAUUAGAUGGAAUGGAAUAUUACUUCAUAUCAGCCCAGUGGGUGGGCAAAGAGAAUUCUCAUGUAGGUGUAGUGUGGAUGAACCGUGCACAGAAUCUCACUGUUUAUAGCAGUUGUUACGCUCCGAAUUGGACAUGUACAGAGUCACAUUCAGAGAAAGCGACAGAUGAGCCUUGGUUAGAAGUCCAUCAACAGCCAGUAUAUUCAGAGGACGGUAGCGCUUUCCUCCUACUAGCUGCAGUUCAAGAGGGUGGAGGACAGUACUAUACUCACAUCAAGCACGUUGAUGUCAUACGACAACGUAUAGCCGUGCUGUCGCAUGGGAAAGUAGAAGUCGCCGAAAUCCUGGCGUGGGACCAGGAAAAUAAUUUAGUUUAUUAUUUAGGCAGUGCAGAUAGACCUGGUCAGAGACAGGUCUAUGUGGUCCGAGACCCUAAUUAUAGCGGUGGAAGUAACUCGGUGAAAGCUCGAGCCGAAAGGGAAGAGCCGCGUUGCCUUACCUGUGAGCUGGCGGUGUGGCCCGCGCGGUUGCAUUACGCCAACUGUUCAUUCUGGCGCGCCAUUUUCUCCCCGGCUAAGCCGAGAGUGGGGAUAACGCAUUACGUGCUGGAGUGCAGAGGUCCUGGACCACCAUUAGCGGGGUUACAUGAUGCUAGGACACAUAAGCUAGAAAGAAUUUUAUAUGACACGAGGCCUUAUAGAUCAGUUCGAUUGCGCGAGUUAGCGUUGCCUACUCGCCGGUCGUUCGAAGUACAGCUGGGCACGGGGUCCAAAGCUCGGGUCCAGCUGCUCCUGCCGCCUUCGUGGCGAGAGGAACUGCGUGAUGCUGCCUUUCCGGUGCUUGUUCAUGUCGACGGCAGACCGGGUAGCCAGCAAGUGACUGAGGAGUUUGUAGUGGAUUGGGGCUCAUACAUGUCGUCUCGCAACGACGUGGUAUACGUAAAGCUGGACGUGGCGGGUGCGCGCGGUCUACCCAGGGCCCUGCUGCGGGGUCGCCUCGGGGGAGUUGAAGUAGCUGACCAAUUGGCUGUUAUUAGAUAUUUGUUAGAAACGUUCAAGUUUUUAGACGUAACUAGAGUUGCUGUGUGGGGUUGGGGCUAUGGUGGGUACGUGACGGCCAUGUUGCUCGGCUCUCAGCAGACCACGCUGAAGUGCGGUAUUGCUGUUUCGCCGAUCACUGAUUGGCUUUAUUAUAAUGCAGCAUUCACGGAGCGUAUUUUGGGCAAACCGUCCGUGAACUACAAAGGCUACGUAGAGGCGGACGCAUCUCAGCGUGCGCACCACGUGCCCGCGCAUGCGCUGUACCUCAUACACGGCAUGGCUGAUAUGAGCGCUCCCUACCCGCACUCCCUGCAAUUAGCCAGGGCGCUCACUGACGCCGGCGUGCUCUUUAGAUAUCAGGCCUACGCAGACGAAGGGCACGACUUAAAAGGCGUCAUCGAGCACGUGUACCGUUCAAUGGAAGACUUCCUUCGCGAGUGCCUCUCCCUCGACCCAGAAGACACCAAGUUGCCUCCUCCCGACAGAUAGAGAGAGAUCAAUGCCGAAAUAAAUCAAAUUGUUAUCAUUACUACUCUCUCUCUGUAAAUAUGUACAUUAACAUUAUAGUGCUUUAAUAAAAUGUGUUCCCCGUGUUUGGUUGAAUGCCAGUGUCUUAAAUGACUAGAUCGGUGAUGUACGAGAAGUGUGAUGAGAAAAAAAUUAAAUAAUUACGUUUAUUUAAUUAUAAUGACGGUAUCGUACUUUUUGCUUUGAAAUUAGAAAUUGAAUUUGACAAAUACUUAAACGAUCGAGAUAUUUCACUUUCAAUGUUGAUUCAUCGUAUUUCAUAAACUUGCUUAAGCACCACUCGCCUAAAGCUCUUCGGAUUCACGGACUGCAAAGCACGUUAUCUUAUUAAACGUUCUACUUACAUCGGUUCUAAGCUUCUAUUGUCAUGUUUUAUGGACCCAAAACACACACAUAUGAAACAAGUAUACAAGUACACUUAAAAUGUUCAAAAAUACUGACUGCGGCCAAUAAAAGCCACAUCGAAGCUAGUGUAAAUUAAUGUGGCACAGUCAAUAUCUAUGAACGUUUGAGGAAUGUCGGACCACAUCUCUCGAAGGCCCAAGGCGUUGACCUCAAGAACCGAAAUGUGCGCAAUUAUUUUUUUAUUAAUAAUUACGUCACCACCAACCACAUCAGAAAAGCUAUCUUAGGUUCCAGGUUUUUAUUUGAAACUACAUAGAUAAUUUUUGGAAAUAAAUUUAAGUCGAGUGCCUUAUUGUGCUAUCAGACAACAGUCACACAGUUUUUCAACCUUAUAUUAGAUUCUUAUCAGAACUAUAGUUGUCCAAAUCUCCAUUUAAAUACAAAAUUAACACAUUAUUCUUCCACAAAACACAUUCUUAGAAGUUCUAUCUAGACGAAAGACGGAUACUUCAAGUAUUCUUAACUUUGAAUCAAUCUUCACGCUUUUUAUAAAUUUAGCAAACUUGUAGACUUGCUCUCGGUAGGCAGCGAAUUGGCUGGCCCCUGGCAUUGCUGAAGUCCAUGGGCGACGGUAACCACUCACCAUCAGGUGGGCCGUAUGCUCGUCUGCCUACAAGGGCAAUAAAAAAACUAAAACUAAACGGAACUACUUUUACGGUUAAUAUACCCUUUAUUAUUUUCAUUUACAAUAUCCGACGUUUUCAUAACUUUACAGUUUUUGUGAUCGCAAACGGCUUCGGCCUGUCGUCCUGUAGUAUCACGAAGAUAAACCGUAAAAGUAUUUUUUUAGUUAUCUCUACAAUUAGCGAAAGCCAAAGAAAAUACUAUAAAAAAAAUCUAUUGUGGUCACUGAGAAUUAAUUACAGCUUGGUCUCUUUUAUUAAGUGGAUAUAAUCUUAGGAAAUCAAUUGUUAGACAUUACCUAGAUCUAUUGCAUUUUCAAAUGUCUGACUGUAAUUUAGCUGCCUACAACUUAAGCCAGGUCUGCAAACAAAUAUUUUAAUUUUAGUAAAAUAAAAUAAUCUUGUUAUGACAAAUAACUACUUGCAAUACCACUGCAUAAACAGCAAGCAAAAGGUAACGUGUGAAAUAAACACACCUAUCAUAUUCAUACCUAUUUCUCUUGAUGUAUCUACCUAACGAAUCUAUUCAAUUUUAAAAUUAAGAUCACACAUACGACACCCCGCCAACGUAGUAACGGUCUCAUGAUGAAUACAAAUAAGUACCUAUUACUAGUGAAUUCAAUUAAAACACAACUCAAAAGGUGUAUAACAAAACCCACUCUGCUCUGAAUUCCGAGCUUGUUACGUAAGCUUUUAGAGCACUUUUAACUAUUAAGCUUUUCUAUUCGACUUAUGGUAGUACACACUAGCCUAAUUAUCCAACUAAUUAUGAACAAAAUCAUCGAAAUUAGAAUGUGACCGAUUUAAUUUCCUUUAAUUUUAAACUAGCAUUCAAAGAAACUGUACCAUUAAAGAGCUUAUCGUUUAGGGAAUUUAAUUACUAGGCCUUUUAAGAUUUAGUUCUUGUUACAAAUGUUUGAAACGUAUUUGUAUUAAAUAGAAUUGUUGUACCGCGGUUUAUAGUGUAAAUAUUAUUGUCCUAAUCAAUUGUAAAUUUGAUAUAGAAUCACUUUUUUAUAGAAAGUAUCAUUUAGAAAUGAAGUGACCUUGAUCAUCUCCAAACCUUAGCAGCUUUGGCUCCAUUUCAUCAUCAUGUAUUUUAAUAAGAUAGUUUACGUUAUUAAAUAAUGAUGUUUUUUUUUUAAAUGUUUUACGUAAACUGAAUCCUAGGGUGACGAGAAAGAAGAAAUUUCAAACUCAUUAACAUUUGUGAUCAAAUUUUAAUUAAAACCGGUCUAAUUGUUAAAUCUAAAUACUUCAUAUAACAUUUCGAUUAAAACUGAGUUCGUUAAUGGAAUGUAAGUGUAUUGUGGUUUUCAAUAAUUUUAUCGUAUUAAUUUUUUUAAUAUUUAAGUAAUUAAAGUAAUAUAAUCAGUACAAAACUAAAAUCAGGCUGAUUUAAGAGAAAAAUGUUAACUUUUCGAUAGUUUGAAGAGUUUAUAUUAGCCAGCCACAGCCAAACCAUAGUUAAUUUAUAAGCCAUUUCCACUCAGUUAACGUUGGCUACAAUUGCAUUGCAAUAUACUUUAAACCAUUAAAACGAUCAGUUUCGUUGUCACGUAUAGUUAUGGAUAUAAAGAACUUGGAGUUUGUAAAUAUUCUUCAAAUGUGAACUUCAAAAGUAAAAGAAUAGAUAAAGUUACAAACCAUAAAAGACUUUGGUUUUAUUGAAACAUUUUCAAGUGAAACCUAAUAAUUUUAAUGAACGAAAAUAGUAAAAACAAAAUUAUUAAUUAAAUCGAUCAUUGAAUUACAUUAAAAUUUUAGUAGUUAAGAAAAAACAUAAACAUUUAUAGUUUGGAAAUUGAUGUAUUAAUGGAAGGCCGCGAGGUGAAGUGCUAAUAUGUUAAAAAAUAUUAGAAAUGUUGUUGUUUUGACUAUAAUUGUGACGUUAAUAGAUAAAUGUUGUUGUAUAGAGGUAAUCGUCUGCCGAUAUUCGUUAAGUGUUAUCGGAUACCUGCAUAGACGCAUAUCGUACAUUCCAUGUUUGUGAAGACUGCCAAUUUGGUCUAAAUUUUACAAUCAUUGUACUAAUUAAAUACGAUACGUCGAUGAGUUUAAUUUCGAUUGCCGUUAUGGUCAUAAGGAUGCUGUGAUUAUUGUAUUGCAUAAUUUUAAUAAGUAAAUUAUUAAAUAUUACUACUGAAAUUUAAUUAAUGAUUAAUGUCUCCAUCUGAAAGUAGGGCCUAGUGAAAUUGAAUGCGUUGUAAUUAAUAAACUAAUUAUUGUAAGUUUAAAGUUAAUAUAUUAUAGAUAUUUCAAUGAUUCUUCCAUCAUGAGAAAUAACAGUAUUGCUUCGUUCUCCAAAAUUGUUGUAAAACAAAUUAUAUAGACAAUAUAUUAUUACGGGCUACUGUAGUACUUACAUCACAUGACAUAUUUAAAAAUUUAUAGUUAGAUAAAUAACGAGAGAGUUCGGAAACCGGGUGCUUUAAAUUUUACAUCACGUAUAUAAUAUUUAUUUCAUUAGCGAAACGUUCUCUAGUUACCUAUACAAACUUACUAGUGGACGCUGCGUUGUUCUUUGCGCUUUCAAAUUAAAAUAUUCCUAAAGGCUAAGUUAAUUACAUUAACUAUCAUAUUGAAUCGACUAACAGACUAAAUUAAAUUAAUUUAAAUUAAAUUAACUAACUUAACCUGCUGAAUUGUAGCAGACAAAACAAAAUCGCGCAAAAAGAAGGAAACAAGGGCGAGUUUAUUUAUCAUAUGCGAUCUCCUCCAGCCAGAAUACUUAUAGCGUUAUAAUAUAUAAUAGAAUUAUUAAUGGACAACAAAACAUAAUUUAACAAAGUUUAAUAAAAAUAGAAAUUUAGACUUUCAAAUAAAUUUAGUAAAUACUUUAAAAAGUAUAUUAAAAUGUACGUUAAUGUUUAUGACAUAAAGCAUCUUCUGAAUCUCAAAAAUGAAGCAUCUGAGCCCCAAUAGGUUUACUUGGAAGUUCUGCAAUUACUUAUGUCGCUCUAACUUCUUGCAUAUUUUCUAAAUAAUUAUGAACGAAAAACCUGUGCACUGAUGACUUUCAAGGUGAAAAAAGACCAAUAAAUGCUCCACAUUCAGUAGCACCAAGCUACAAUUUAAAAACCUAGUACAUCCGAGCUCAAAUUAUUUUUGUAUCAAAGAUUGAAUAACUUAGCUAUGCAAAUGUAUAUUGCUUUAUGCGAAAAUUAUUGUUGGAGGUUAUGUUAGUCAUUAUUGCAGUGCAAUGACACAUCCACCGAUUAUUGCCCGUGGCCAGCCAUAUCCACGUUGUGGCCUUCAUUCAGUCUACAGGCUGUGCUUAAUGCCAAGCGGGUCAAGUUCGAUUGUCCGUAAUAAAACUUAUGAACAGGCAAUUCAAUCCUACAACCCAAAUGUUUAGGAUUAUGCAGAAAUAUAUCAUUUUAUUUUAAUGCGCAAAGAGCAACGCAAAUAGAUCUAAAAAAAAAAACUUCCAAUCCAUCGUAUGAUCUAUUAGUUAAAAUGUUAAAAAAUCCGAGGAUAACACCAAUUCGAAUCAUAAUAAUAAUAAUAAUGGUAAUGUGUAGUAUUUUUAAUGAAACUAAAUCGUCAUUUUUGGUACAUUGUUGGUAAUUUUAGCAAAAUGAGAUAUCGAUGUGACGUGGCGGUUCGCAAUGCGCUUUUAGUUCACUUUAGUUAAAAAAACUAGUCCUUUAGUCUUCCAGCGAUAGCUUCCGUAUUUUAUUCUAACUCUUGAAACAGGAAAUUAGGAACUAUGUGAUGACCAUGUCAAUUAUGUCAUUAUUCCGGUCCUGUUCAGUUCUGUCCUGUACUAAAAUCUGUUUAAGCUAUAUUGUCAAAACUUUCCUCUAGACAGUGUGGUUUUAUUUAUUAAAUAUGCUUCUUAGUCCUUGCAAACUACGCUGAGCUGUACUCAAAUUUACUGAGAAGAAAUCGAGUUAAAAUUCAAAGCUGAGACUGCCAUCUAUUUAAAUGCGUGAUUAUCGAUGUUAUCAGAUACUAGGGUGGCAGUAACAGUUGAAUAGACUUCAUUUUAAGAACCAUGUUAACAAUAAACGAUUAAUAUUUAAGAUGGGGCAUCAUUUAUAUAUUUUUACACUAAAGUGCAAAUUAACAACUUUUAGAAUUUCCAGUAAUGCGACCUCGGUCGAUCUCUUGGAGACAUACAAUAGAAGAAAACGGAUCUAAAAGUUUUCAGUUUUUAACAGUACCUUUAGGGAUGCAUAAUAUGUUGAUGACCGUAAUUCUGAAAAACCAUUCGAAAUUCCUUCUCAAUUAAUCGUUUCAUAUAUCUAUAAUGGUUAUGGCAGCUAAAACGUAUUGUAUAUCUCUCAUAUAUAACUUACGAAGGUGAAGUACGGAUUUAUCAGCGUAGUUGUGCUUUGCGAUUAGAAUCACAUGGAUUGCUCUUUUAGCGGUUAGAUUUAGCAAACGGGAUACAACAAUUGUAUCUGUUUUAUGCAAAUAACACGAUGGGCUCCCCACCUCAACCCCAUCGAUGUACCGUCAAUAAAAACGAAAAUAAAUUUGUUGUAUCCGGUGAUUUAUUCGAUGGCCCUAGAGAAAGAAAUAUCUAAAUUCUAUGUUAUGUAUUGUUAAUGAGUGUUAUAAAUCUUAUCGUCUCUAAGAGUUACAGUGUUGUAUAGAUUGGUAUAUUUGAUUUGUAAAUUCUUAUAUCAUUAUGUUAAUGUAAAUUUUCUUUGGAUUAAAUAAAAUUUUGAAAUUUACAUAAUCGUU